GGCAAAUAAAUCUACACAAACCGGAACAGAUCGGAGAUCCAGUCUAGAAAACCCUCGUUCAGGUUAUCCGCUGCCGAUCGCUUCGAAACCCUCUCCCAUGGCGGUCUCUCUGCAAUCCGCCUACUCUCGCCCUGUGGCACUUGACCACAGGCACUCUCCCAGCUUAACCUUCAAGAACUUUGCUGGCCCCAAGUCAGGUGCCUUUAGGCGUGGACCUUCCAAUGUUAACGCUGAAUUCUAUAGUAGGGUUAAUCAAAGCAUCUGUUUGAGAUAUUCAGCAAAGAAGGGUUCACGGGGUCGGGUAUUUAUGAUGCCCAUAGGUAUUCCAAGAGUUCCCUACAGAACCCCUGGUGAAGGAACUUGGCAAUGGGUUGAUCUAUGGAAUGCCCUUUACCGAGAGCGUGUUGUCUUUAUUGGGGAACAUAUAGAUGAAGAAUACAGCAAUCAAGUCUUGGCAACAAUGCUGUAUCUUGACAGCAUCGAGUCAUCAAAAAAAAUAUACCUCUAUAUUAAUGGCCCAGGUGGUGAUCUUACUCCAAGCAUGUCUAUAUAUGACACUAUGCAAAGCUUACAAAGUCCCGUUGCAACCCACUGUGUGGGCUAUGCAUAUGACAUGGCAGCAUAUAUUCUUGCAGCCGGAGAGAAGGGUAACCGGUCUGGUAUGCCUCUUUGUGAAAUUGCUCUUCAAACACCUGCCGGAGUAGCUCGUGGCCAGGCUGAUGAUGUUCAGAACGAAGCAAAUGAACUUCUCCGAAUCCGGGAUUACCUAUUUAGCGAAUUGUCAAAAAAGACAGGUCAACCUCUUGAAAGGAUCAGUAAGGAUCUGGUGUAUGUGGCACGCUUCACUGCACAAGAAGCUCUGGAGUAUGGGCUAAUUGACCGCAUCAUCAGACCCUCACGCAUCAAGCCUGACGCCCCUCGUAAGGAAACUCCAGGAAUUGGCCGAGGCUGAUUGACUCUUGCUUCAAACGCAUCCUCACACACCUGAUAUCUUUACAGAUGGAUUUGAGUACAUCUUUCAAGUUGGUUUUCAAGUCAGGCGUCUUGUAGCUCUAAAUCACAAUCUCUAAGCGCACACAACUUAUGCUUUACUCACUAUUCAUUAGAGAGAUAGUGAAGCACUGCUUCUGUAAUUAAUUUGUUUUUGCUGGUUUAAGAUUAAGCCCUAAACAUCCAUGGAACUAUGAACUUUCACAAGUAAAAUUUGUUCAAAGUGCAAA